AAAAUGCAUUUCUCAUUUCUCAUUUCAGUUCAGUUGUAAGUUUUCUUUUGUUUGUACACUGUUUUUCUUGUACUUUUGUACAUUGUUUGGUGUUUGAUGAUUUUUAUUUCAUUGUUUACCAUUUUUUUGUUAUAAUUUUAAUUGUCAUUCAUAGUAAAUUCAUAAAAAAUGAGAUCUAAAGACAAUGAAGUCAUUAAAAAACUCAAGCACAGAGAAGUUGAAAGAUUAAGACAUCACAAGCUUCAAAAACUAAUUUCAAAGCUUAAUGAAGUCAUUCCUGGGGAACGAAAAGCCCGAGAGACUCAGUGUGCUAUACUGCGACGUGCCUGCGAUUAUGUCGAGUUUUUAAUUGAUGAGUACAACAGAGUUUCAGCUAUAAUUGAAGUGGAAGGCUUUAGCUCACAAUCAACAGCAACUUCAUCUCAAGGAAAGCUUGUCAUCGAUGAAUCUUUCCGAGAAGUUGAACAAAUAGCAGUCGAUUUAGAUCCUAUUGACGAUCCUGAUGAGGUUGAAUCAAAAUAUCCUGCCUUACCUUCUUCCCUGUUGUCACCAGAAUCUUAUUACGAUUUUUCACCUGAACCAGACAGGUUCAUAUCUCAAUCAUGGGACUCAUAUACCAUGGAUGAUCAAGUGGAUUCGCAGCCUAUUUAUGCAUCCCAGCCCGUAAUCUCCCCACCGCCGCUUUAUCCCAUUUACAAUCGACCCCCUGAAAAUCAUGUUAAACAAAUUUAUAGCCACUGUCGAUCUUGCAGUUGUUUUAGGGAUAAUGAUUAUGUUGAAAAAAAAUCAUACUACCCCAGGGAUCGGUUACUUACCGAUACUAUGGAAUAUCCCGAUCUUGAUUUAACUAAUUACGAUUUUUGAAUUUUGACUUUUCAACAAAAUUCUGAGUUAAUCUUGCAAAGCUUUUGCUGAGAGUUUUCAAGAAAGUGCUUCAUAGGUGGCAGAACCUCUGCUUUAAAUAUUCUAUUUUCAAAUAACGUGUCCCUAGCCUGGGCUAUUCCUAGCAAAAUAAUCACUAUUUUUUUCAAUUUACUGUUCAAUUUUUCUUGUUUUGAUAUUUUUUGUUUGUAUUUAUGGAUUAUUGUUCAAUACAUUAUUUGUGAAUUAAAUUUUGUUUCUAUAUAAAGAUGUUCAUCUGUAUUUGUCAUCUCAGCUGCUUUGGCUUCUUUGACUAAACCUCAACAUAAACAACAGCAACUGUGUAACAUCAUCAAAUAAUAUCCUUAUCAAGCUGUAUCACAUGUCUGUUAAUUUUUUAUUUUGCUUUUAAUAUGAUUACUGUGACUAUUUCAUUAUAAUUUAAGAAAACCAACUCAUUUUAUACCUUCCCAACCCUGUAACAACAAGGUUUUCAUUCCAAUGAUUUAAAGAUUUGAAAAAAUCUUCCUGUUCUGGUUUCUUUGAAUUUACUGUUCAUCAUUUGGUGGCUAAAAUGAGAAAAGGUUUAAUUGUUUGGUUUUUGAUUGCCAUUUUAUCCCUUUCUUGGCUGGAUCAUGUCAACACAUUGCAUCAGAAUAAGGAUUCAAAUGAUGACGAUGAAGAUGACUCUGAUGAUAUUGAAACAGACUCCAGUAACCGGCAUAUCCGUGGCCAUGAUGGAAGUAAUCAAGUGAAAUUUAAAGAAGUCAAAGAUGAAUCUACAAAAUCUAACCUUAAAGAUACUGAUUCGUUAACUAUGUCAUUGAAUGAUGACCCACCUUUAUCUUCAACCUCAGUACCCUCACUGUCUCUUGCACCUUCAUUGGCUGAUGAAACUUCUGAUGUUUCUGGUGAAAAUAAUGUUCUCGAUGAGAUAGAAAGCCCACCAGCUGAAGAAACUGAAGAAGAAAAAAGAGCAAAUAUUUUUUAUGAAACAGCAAUGAAAUUACUAAAUAGUUCAAAAUCAGAUAAACCGAGAGCUUAUAACCUUCUGCUCGAUUCGGCAAAAUUGAAUAACACUAAAGCUAUGGAAAUGGUCUCACAAGCGUUAAUUUUUGGUGAUAAUCUCCCCAUUAAUUUACCACUCGCCAUAAAUUUUCUUACUAUUCUUUCUGAACAAGGCAAUACCAAGGCUCAAAUGUUUUUAGGUUUUCUAUAUGCAAGUGGACUUGGAGUAAAUGCUAGUCAAGCAAAAGCACUCUUGUAUUACACUUUUGCUGCCACUGGAGGUAAUCCAGUUGCUCAAAUGGCCAUCGGAUAUCGACAUUGGGCUGGUAUAUCUGUGAUUCCGAGUUGCGAAUCUGCACUCAAUUACUAUAAAAAAGUUGCCAAAAAGGUUGAAGAGGAGGUUUCAUUCUCCGGAGGAACAGCAAUUCAAAGAGUUCGUCUUCUUGAUGAAUUGGAAAAUCCAGGAUCGUAUACUGGAAUUUUAGACGACGAUCUUUUACAAUACUACCAAUUUUUGGCCGACAAAGGUGAUGUCCAUGCUCAAGUUGGUCUAGGUCAGUUGCACUAUCAAGGUGGAAGAGGUGUUGAACAAGAUCAUGCCAGGGCCUUAAAUUAUUUCUUACAAGCUGCUGAAGCUGGCAAUGCAAAUGCUAUGGCUUUUCUAGGAAAGAUGUAUUUGGAAGGAAGUUCAGUUGUUCAACAAAGUAAUGAAACUGCAUUGAAAUAUUUCAAAAUGGCUGCUGAUAAAGGUAACUCUGUGGGCCAAAGUGGUCUUGGAGUUAUGUAUUUAUAUGGUAAAGGAGUUGAAAAAGAUUACCAAAAAGCCUUCAAAUAUUUUUCACAAGCAGCCAGCCAAGGCUGGGUUGAUGGCCAGUUGCAAUUGGGUAUUAUGUACUUUAAUGGACUUGGAGUACCUAAAGAUUAUAAAACAGCAAUCAAAUAUUUUACCAUGGCAUCUCAAUCAGGACAUGUGCUUGGAUUUUACAAUUUAGCCCAAAUACAUGCCUCUGGAACUGGAAUCUUGCGUUCAUGUUCAACAGCUGUGGAACUGUUUAAAAAUGUCGCUGAAAGAGGUAAUUGGGGAACAACAUUGAUGAGUGCUCACACUGAUUACAAAGAAGGUCGAAUCGCCGAAGCUUUCAUCAAAUACAGUUUCAUGGCAGAACUUGGUUACGAACAAGCCCAAAGUAAUGCCGCUUUCAUUCUUGACCGAGGAGAGAUUGAAUUUUUUGCCAAAAAUGAGUCUCUUGCUCGGGCCCUAAUGUAUUGGUCAAGAUCUGCUGCUCAGGGUUAUUCAAUUGCCCGUGUUAAACUUGGAGAUUACUAUUAUUACGGUUAUGGAACGGAUAUUGAUUAUAAAACGGCCGCAGCGCAGUACAGAAUGGCUUCAGAUUUACAAUCAAAUGCACAGGCUUUAUUUAAUUUAGGUUAUAUGCAUGAACAAGGAUUAGGAUUGAAAAAAGAUUUCCAUUUGGCUAAAAGAUAUUAUGAUAUGGCUGCUGAUUCAUCUGCAGAUGCUCAUGUACCUGUUGCUUUCGCGCGUCUCAAAUUGGCCAUUGUUUAUGGUCUUGAGUCCUUUAAACAGUACAACUGGGCUCGAUUAGCUUCCCAUGUUAAUGCCACUAAAAUAUUAGGUCCAGAUUGGGAUUUAUAUUUAAUGACUGCAUUAGCUUUACUCUUAGGUCUUGUUGUUUAUAUACGUCGGAUGCCUCAACCAUGAAUCAACUUAUUUCAAUCUGAAUAACACCAAUAGUCUUGAUUUUUAGCCACUUUUAACUGUUUAAUCAUCUUUAACGAAUGAUUCUGUGAAAAUGUUAAAAUUGGUGAAACAAAAGAUACGAACCCUGAAGCAAAUAUUUUGAACAACUUGAUGUUAAUCAGAGUUGUUAAGAUUAUAUGUAUUACUUUUGUUUAAAUUGCAAAAAAAUUUUGUAACGAAAAAGUACAUCGUAACUAUUAAAUUUCUAUAUUUUCAUAGAUAUAUAUCA